CCGACGUUCCCCAAUCAUUUGUCCUCUUUCGUUCUCCACCAACUUCUACACGACUCGAAAACCAUCGCCUCACCUUAUAAUGCAGUUUUGAAGCUAGUCAACAAACAGAUCAACUGAUCUGGCCUGCAACUUGUGCAUGGUAGCCCUGAAACAAUGAGUGACGUUGCAGUUCGACUGAAAGCAUUGCGACACCUCAACUACUAGUCCCGUACAAUUGUCCGACGGCUGACACUCUUGUACUAUCAUCGAUUCCGUCUGCCUAGUGAUACUAUAUCUGAAUACUGUCUUGUUGCACGCCGUCUCACCUCCUGAUCUUCACCCCGACAACCUACCUUGACGCAUCCAUCAUGGCCGACGUGGGGGAUCGCAUGUUUUGUCAUGCCUGUGGCGGGGUAUGGCUACGCAGAGAUCAUGGGCUGGAAUGCCCACACUGUCACUCUGAGUUCACCGAAAUUAUCGAAAUCCCGCCAGAUACGGAAGGAGAAUUCCCCGAUCCUCCAACGUCUGUCCCUGAAGACCGGCCAGCUCCCCCGAGAAACCCAUGGGCAGACCACAACCCCUGGGAUCAUGACGACUUGAGCAGAGACACCGACUGGGGCUCAGGCAAUGGAUACCGUCACCACACCUACAGAUCUCCGGAUGGCCGGUUUACGUUUUCCAGCACUACAUUCACACGGCGUGGUUCUGGUCAGCAAAUGCCGCCGGAUCCUCUGAUGCCUAUGGUACGCGGCUUGGACACGAUCUUCCAUGGUUUAGCCGACACCUACCGACAGACGGAGUACAGGCAACCCAAUGAGCGAGAUUCACCACCGGCACCGUGGAGGAGCGACAGGCAGAACCAGCAAAGGUUCAGCCCAAAUGGUUCGAGGAUAUACAGCACGUCGUUUGAUUUCGACAUGAACACGCGAAGCAAUGGGGGCAUGGGGUCCGAGUUCCAUACGGCAGGGGGGCUACAUCCUCGUGAUGCAGAUAGUCCACAGCCUAUGGGUACUCCUCUACGAACUCUGGGCGAUAUUCUUGAGCUAUUCCGAAACGAUUUUGGAAGCAACGGUUCACCCGGUAGCCCCGGAGUCCGUGUCAUGACCGGACCGAACCCCAUUGCGAUUUUGUCGACUUUGCUCAACCUGGAUCGGCAUGGGGAUGCGGUCUACUCGCAAGAAGAACUAGACCGGGUAAUAUCACAGCUGAUUGAUCAGAAUGCACGGGGGACGGCGCCGCCUCCCGCGGCCCCCAGUGCGAUCCAGUCUCUACCGAAGAAAAAGGUGGACCAGGAUAUGCUGGGCAGCGAAGGCAAGGCGGAAUGUUCGAUUUGCAUGGACCCGGUAGAAUUGGGCACGGAGGUCACAGAACUCCCCUGCAAGCACUGGUUCCACUACAGCUGUAUUGAGAUGUGGCUGAGCCAACACAAUACGUGUCCUCACUGCCGGCGAGGCAUCAACGUUCCAGCAGAACCAGAAGGAAGCAGCGAAAACCCGGUGGUCAUCAACAGUAGUCCGGAGACGUCACCCCGUCGACCGAGUGGCGCUGCUCGCGAGCAUAGCGGACAGCCGCCGCCACAGUGGUUCGGGACUGGACCCGAGACAGGACAGGAACAGGAUCAACGAUCCAGUCGGAAUGACAAUCAAGGCGGAGGCUUUGCCGGCUGGGUUCGCAGCCAUUUCGGCGGAGGCAACCCGUAGGCGUUGUCUCGGUUCAUGUUCUUUGCUUUGUUUGCUCAGCUACAGGGACGAUAUAGAGCUGGGAUCCUGGUAAAUUGGACACUGGAUGGAAUGGACAUACCCAAGUCACUCUGGAAGUGUUACGCAGUAAUGAACCGUUCUUUUGGUUAUCCUAUAGAUAAGUUGAUGGAUCAGAUUGUACCAUGGAAGCUCCACAUAGAUUGAUACCCCACAUGCCUGCGCCCUAAUCGCGCCCUACCAAAGAUUAGAUCUACGUCUACCCCUCAUACAAUAUCUCUCUGUCUCUCUCUCUCUCUCUCUCUCUCUCCCCUUCUUCCUUCCUCCUGGUCAAUUCCUAUACAGCACUCUGAGAACCAGCCCUCGCCAUGAAAACCCUCUACAGAAACGGCCACUUCGUCACUCCCCAAUCCCCCAACCCAACAUGCAUGGUCACCGAGAACGACCGCAUAAUCUACCUGGGCGAGGAGUCCACCGCAACGACCCUCCACCCCGACAGCGAGAUCCACGAUCUGGGAGGUCGUAAAGUCCUCCCCGGCUUCAUUGACGG